AUGCUCACUCAAUUUAGUGACCAUCACGUCCUUAUCAAGGUUGAACCCGGGCAAUCGCAGGUACAGCCCUUUGCACUCAGUCAGUUCACCACGCCAGGCACCUUACCGCCGGCGAUCCCGGAGACAGGACACAGUGGAAACUUGUCGAACCGUGGAUACAGGAUGCUCCACAGCCUCCACAAUACACCAGACUGUAUUGGCCCUCAGAUUUCGGUUCCAGAGGGGAAAUUCGCCCAGACCGAGCCCCCAGGAGCCCGACCGAACAUGAAGAUGCGGCGGAUGCACCGCCUUGGACAGCGUGAGGCGCAAAAGGCAUGGAUCCUCUUCCAGGAAAACACGAUCUCCAGCUGGAUCGAAUGUAACAACGUGCUGGCUGCAUCGCUCCACGACCUCCUCAAACCGCUAGUCAUGGCCGCUCAGGAACGCCCAGGUGCGGGAGACGCGCAUAAAGCAGUUAAGCUACUGCCGGAAACACAACUCAAGGGAACGGAACUGGUUUUGGCGCCAAAGGAACUGGGCCUUCUUCUUCUUCCUGUGAUCAGGGGCUCUAGGCGCGUACAACGGCGCAGAGUUUAUGGCAACCUCCGUCUGGGACAAACAGCAACGUCGAAUGUCCACUUCUCCUUCACCUCGACCUACGAAGGCGAGAUCCAGCAGCUGGAUGACGAGAAUCAACAGGCGAUUCAUGCCCGCACUUCUGCAAGACGCCAAUACAGACCCAAUGACGAUAACACUGCUGCGUCUGAGUUGGCUCAUAUCGGAUAUCCCGGUAUUGGUGCAGGGGCGGAGCAGUGGGCGAAAUACAGCUCCACCAUGGCCUUGCGCCUGAUGCCCAAGGACACGGUCGCCCAGUCCCCUUUUUCAAUCAUCGCCAUUACGGUUCCAAAUCGUGAGGGUGCGGUAGCGGCUGCGCAAAGAGAAGUUCCCUUCGCCUUGAACAAGAUUCAACCGAGUCUCGUUAAGUUGCUUGACGUUGGUCGCGAGAUCGAAUGGGCCUCGAGGAAUAAUGUCGAUGUCACCAGGGAAAUAACAUCGGAGGCACACCAAAAUGCAAUUCUCUUGUAUCGACGUGGACUCGAAUAUCGCGACUCGUGCCACGCGGCCGAACCAUCCGGACGAGAGUCCAUCAGGCGGUCACCAGGCUCAAGGCGGAUUCGCGCGGAGAAGAGCCAACGAAGUCACUGGGAAAGCAGAGUUGUAUGUCCGCGAUGCAGCGGGAAACCUGUUGCUCCAGCAGGAAGCGUCAUAUUUCCGGCCAACGCGAUGGGCAUCUUUCUUCCGAUCACUGCUGGCGAUCUUUUCGGACCUGCUCUUCCGCAAGGACUGGCGGCCAAUACAGCUCUUCUGUUGAGCAUCGAUCUUCUUCGACGGGAGGCUGGUGACGCACUCGUUCAUAUGGGAAUGGUCCCUGCGACCUAG